CUCGGGGUGCGGCGUUCUUGCCCAAAUCCUGAGCUGCGGCGCGGUUUUGGCACUCGCUGUUGACCAAACGGCCCGUUUUCCCCUCCCGCCGCUUCCCUGACGAGUCCACCCCGGGGACCCUCCCCGCCGCGCUGGUCCUCGGAGGCCUUAUUUAUUUAUGGAAGCGCUCCUGGGGGCGGGGCUUCCUCUGCUAGGAAGCCGGCCUGCGGUGGGAGAGGGGGAGGUGUGGGAGCGCUGUGUUCCCAGGCUCGUCUGCCUGGCCAGACGGGUUUGGAACUUGUGCCUGCCACAUGGCUCUUCCCCUAAGAGGCGUGAUGGGGGCGGGGGGCGCCCGAUGGCUGCUGUGGGCCCGGGUUUCGGUGCUUUAGGGGCUCAACGGCCCCGGUCACCGAGGUGGCCCUGCUCGUCCAUCGCAGCCUUGUGUAACAAAACUUUUGGUCCCUCACCCUGCUUGUUCAGAAGACUCACCGGCUUUUUUCUUAACCUUUUGAAGGACUUAAAGGAGAAGAAGGAGGUUGUGGAGGAGGCGGAGAAUGGGAGAGAGGCCCCUGCUAACGGGAACGCUAAUGAGGAAAAUGGGGAACAGGAGGCUGACAACGAGGUAGACGAAGAAGAGGAAGAAGGUGGGGAAGAGGAGGAUGAAGAGGAGGAAGGUGACGGUGAAGAAGAAGAUGAGGAUGAGGAGGCUGAGGCAGCUACAGGCAAACGGGCAGCUGAAGAUGAUGAGGAUGACGAUGUGGACACCAAGAAGCAGAAGACCGACGAGGAUGACUAGACAGCAAAAG